UUCUUAUCAAAAACGAAAAAUUUUAUGAAUGGAAAUUUAUUGAGCGGGAUUUUUAUUACUAUUCAUUGAUUUUGCGGUGGCGAGGAAAAGCAAGUCAAAGUGUGCUUUUAUCUGGAUCUAAGAAACCGGAUGAAACUUACGUCGUAUUUCGUGAUAUGAGCGAAUCGUCGGAACAUGAAUCAGAAUCAGAUGCGUUGUGUUUUUGCCCUAUAUGUCAAGCUCCGCUGAAGAAUUUGAAAGUAAAGUUCUCUUUUCAUAUAAAUAUGUGCGAUGUCAACUGGGAUGAUUUAGAAGAAUGCAAUGAUGGGAUCGAUUGCAAGAGCGAAAGCAUUUUCCAUUUCAGAGAUUUUUCGCAUCAAGUUCUCGCUAAUCAUCGGGAGAAUAUAAUCAGUAAACGAAAACGAGGUGAAGACAAAUGCGAAGAAAAGGUUUCGAAAAAAACCAAGCAAAAAGAGAAUCGAACUGUUGCUAAAAGACGUUUAAGUAAGCCCAUCCAAACACCGAUUGAAGAAAGCGAGGAUGAUAUUUUCGUGGAUACGAGUAAAUUCAAAUUGUCUCAACGAGACUCUGAGAAAAAUUCGAAGAAAAAAUCCAGUAAAUCAGAUACAAAUGAAACGGUCGCUAAAGAAGACGUGAUAAAUAAUGAAUCGAUACCGUCUUCAGACGAGAACAAUCAUGAAGAUUUUAUCGAUUGUACGAAAUACGUCGAGUGUGAAUCCAACCUUAUUGAAAAUUUCGAAUCCGAUGAAGAUUCUACUUUUAACACUUAUAAUGAUGACCAAUGUUCUGUUAUGUCGCAAAGUAUUGACGAAGCAUGCGACAAAAAAGAGAAAUGCAAAGCGAAAUGGAACGAUAUAUUUAAGACUAAGAGCAAAACAGCUACUUAUUCAUUACCGAGUCCAGUUAGUUCCAAACCUAUACCUAAACCCAGUCAAAAUUCUUCUAAUAAAUUUAGUAAUAAUAGAACGUUUGAAAAGAAACCAAAAGUGUGCCCAUAUUUCAAAAAAAUUCCUGGUACUGGUUUCGCUGUUGAUGCUUUUCAAUAUGGAAGUAUUCCGGAAGUCAGCGUGUAUUUUUUGUCUCAUUUCCAUUCCGACCAUUACAUAGGAUUAAAGAAAUCAUUUGCUCAUCCCAUAUACUGUUCCUUAAUAACUGCGAACUUGGUGAAGAAAAAAUUACGAGUGCAUGAACAAUUCGUCAAAGUAUUAGAACUUCAUAAACCAGUGAUAAUAAAUCAAGUGGAAGUCACGUGUUUCGAUGCAAACCACUGUCCGGGUUCUCUGAUAAUUCUUUUCAAAUUAUUGAGUGGCGCUCAGUAUUUGCAUGUUGGAGAUUUCAGAGCUUCAACAGAAAUGGAAGAAAUAGCCGAAUUGCAAUCCGCUCAAAUUUCUGCACUUUAUUUAGAUACGACAUAUUUUGAUCCCCAAUACGUAUUCCCUUCUCAAAAAGAAGUCAUCGACAGAGUUAGAAAAAUUGUUCGUGAAAUGUCUGCAAAGUAUCCCAAAGCAUUAUUUGUCUCCGGGUCUUAUCUCAUAGGUAAAGAAAAAGUAUUCCUAGGUGUACUGGACGAACUGAAGUGUAAAUUAUGGGCUCAACCGCACAAAAGAGAUGUAUUUCGUUGUAUAGACGAUCCAACUAUAUUGUCUGCGUUGACAGACCAACUUGGCCAAGCUAAACUUCACGUAUUACCGAUGAAUUAUUUUCGAUUUGAUCGUUUGAAGCAACAUCUUCUAGAAUCUGGACCCUUCAGUCAUGUGUUUGCGUUCAAACCAACUGGCUGGGAAAUGGGCCGUACAAAAAUUAAAGAUUGGAUUAAUGUAACUUCGUAUGAAAAUAUGACGAUCUAUGGAGUUCCUUAUAGCGAGCACUCAAAUUACGAAGAAUUAUGCAGAUUUGUUAAAUUCGUUAAAGCCGAUAAAAUAAUUCCUACCGUAACGUUACGAAAUCGUGAAAUGUAUUCUCAUUUGAAGCAGUUAGUAGAUUCGUACAAAAAUGAUAUAAAAACCAAUAAACCUAAGCAAAAAAGUAUUGAUCAGUAUGUGACUUACACUAAAGUGUGAUAUUCCUAGAUACAUAUGUCAGUAUUCAACUUUUUAAUUCAUUUUUUUGUAAUUUUAAUUUUGUAAAUUUGUAAUGCUCAAAGCAAUUUUUUAAUGUUAAAGGUUAUAAACCUGCAUUUUGUAAGAAUAUUCAUCAAGAAAUCAUUUUCAAUAAAAUUAUUUCUCUCAGUUUA